AUGUUAAAUUUGGUGAAAAGGAGCUUUUUGAAGAGUUUUUGAAAAAUAGUAUUGAAGAAGAGUUUUAUUUAACUUGCUAUGGAAAGGAUCUCAUGGAAACAUUUAUUAAACUAAAGGAAGAUAAAUGGAUUCGAUCUUUAGGUGGUAACUGUAUGGGAAAAUGUAUUCAAAAUAAUAAUCAUUUGAUUUCUAAACUCUCAUUGUUGAGUAUUAUUUUUGAAAAAUUUAAAGAACUAUCAGAAAAUCAUCCUGCAUUUAUAUCAAGUACUUUAUCUAAGAUAGGAUUUGUAGUUCCUUCUACUAUUGUAAAUUCAAAAUCUACUGCUUCACACCUUUCCAGUCAUGGAAGAUAUUAUCAUUUAUCUAAAACAUCAUUUUUUGACAUAUUAACUUCUAAUCUUUGGGUUCGUUGGAAUAAUUUUCAAGAAAGUUUUCAAUCUAGUUUUCAAAAUUAUCAAGAAAAACAUCCUUUUUUUCGAGAUUUAAUUGUAAAACCAGUUAUUGAAUUUUAUGAUGUAGGCCAUAGUUCAACUGUACUUGCAAUACCUCUACCAAACUUUGUUUCUUACCCAAAAAAAUAUAAUUUUUGGAAAGAAUUGUUGUUACCUAGUCCCAAUUCUUUUACACAUUCAAACAGGCUUGAA